GUGUGCUGUGCGCGUGUCUGUCCUCCCCUCCUAAGCCUGUGCUUGCUCAUUACCCUCUUCGUCUCCCGGCGGCUGGUCGCUUUCCCUCAUCUCUUUCUCUCACUCCCAUCACACAUACACGUCGUCUCGGCCUCUUAUCUCUCCGGUCCUCUACAGCUUCUUAUAAUCUCUCCUCGGAAUCCUCUAUCUCGGUCUACAUACCUCUCCCGCCCUCGCAUACUACCCGCUUCAUACCCACUAGACCACAGACGCAAUGGCAGCAGUCGCAGUCGCCUCCAUGCACUCCGCCUUCCCCGGCCCUCGCAGUGGGCGAAACAACUUCUUCACACCUGCCAUGCUUGAGCGCCCCGCGCAGGCAUCCCAGCUCAGCGGGUCGUGCACUUUCCCCGCCCUCCAGGCGCAGGGCUUCGCCAGCCCCAUGGUCGCAUUCGGCCCCGCGAGCGGCCGCCGUCCCCCGCAGGUGACAUUCCUCCGCACCACCAGACGCGCUGCACCCCCGCCCCCGCUGCCUAUACCGGACAUCAUGAACGGCCACGUCGCAGACCCGUUCGACGACUCAUAUGCCGCGAAGCCCGAGCCCGCAGCAGCGGACUCACGCAGUGCACCAAUCACCAUCUCGAUCCCGCCCUCGCCCUCGUGCGCGCCGCCCUUGGCGCCCGAGAGCCCCUCGGACGCGGUGGUCGUGCGGUUCCCGCGCCGGCCCUCUUUGGAUGUGUUGGCGAGGCACCGCGCGGCGCCGUCGCCGCCCUCGCGUGUGGCGCGGUGCACAGCGUACGAUAGGGCCCGUGGGCAACGCGCUGUCGCUGGGAUCUUGCUCAGCCGCGCGGCGGGUGCGGGGCAGAAGCCGCUGAGGCGGGCGCCGCCGGUUGGGGAGGGCAAGCGGGCGUACAGUCCGAGUGGGCUGAGGACGAUGGUUUGUGUUGGGGAUUUGUAGGGGAGUAUGGACCAGAGAAGACGACGCGCGAAGGAGGAGACGAAAUAGAGAAUGUACAUGUUGACGAAGAUGGUGCUGGUCUCAUCCCUGUCAUACGACGAAGAAAACACAAACCGAAACUUUUGGAGGAUCCAUCACCACCACCACAACGCUGAGAUCGAGAGUCGCGAAAAUCUUCUUUUCUGCUCUCUUGCAUCUCAUCACGCUCGUUCACGUUUGCUCUGUAGUAUCACAACCGUAAUCUUUUGUUUUCUGGGAUCUGUACGCUUCUUUUGUAGCAGCUUUUUGUCUAAUACAC